AUGGAUCAUCAUAAACUAAUCGUCUCGUUAAAAGAAGUYGAAAUUAAAAUUAUUUACUAUGUGAAGAACGAAGAACUAUUCGAAAUUAUGCACGAAGCUCAUCAGCUCAUUUUAUGUGUUCAAUGCCAAACCAAACAAAAAGUUCCAAAAAAAGGUAUUGUAAUCAAACCUAUUAUAAGUCGUGAACUUAAUUCGCAGUGUCAAGUAGACUUGGUAGAUAUGCAAACUCGCAAUGAUGAUAUUUUACAUUCCGACAGAGGACGAGAAUUCGUAAAUAAAUUUAUAUCAGAGCCAUGUUCAAUGUUGGAUGGUGUGAAAAUUGUGCAUGGUAAACCACGCCACAGCCAAACACAAGGAUCCAUCGAAAGGGCAAACCAAGAUUUCCAAAAUAUACURAGAGCUAUAAUGGRAGRUGAUGMCACUACAAAAUGGUCAGAAGCAUUACCAUUUGUCAAUUUACAAAAAACACGACGUAUCAUCAAG